GAGCCUUUUUGCUUGCACCGUCUUGCGCUUCUGCUUGACCUCCAGACGCUGAUCCACCACAUCGCUUGUGCAACUUUGCGCAGUCCGUCGGUACCUCCUCGUUCCGGAUCAUUGAUAUUUGAGCUGCUACUCUUGUGCUCACACUACUGAUACCAUCCCGGGCACACCAAAGGCAUCAAGGAACCAAUUCGUCGAAGCCUUCCUGCUGGGGAAAAGCGAUCUCACAAGGGCUUUGGUAAGCUCGCUCGCCCGCCCGCCCACGCAGCCAUGUCACACCCUAGCAGCGAAGAGGGUACCACCCCUGGUGGAAGCUCCUUGGCCGUCCCUGCAAACGCACCAACAUCGUCUGCUGGUCUCACGCCCACCUCUGCCAUGUCCACAUCCUCCCACAACUCCGCACGCUCAAAUGCCUCUUCGAAAUCGCGCGUGCCAACGCUGAGCGAGCUCGCCGCGCACAUGAAGCUAGAUGCGCCCACAAGCGGCACGAGCAGCGGAUUCUCACCCAAUGAUGCCGCGCCCGCACGAGGUCGUCUUGGCCUGACCGGACGACUCAACAGCUCUUCGGCUGCGCUUGCACCUGGUGACGAUGCUCAGGACGUCCAUUCUGCAGAUGAAGGAGGCAACGAGAGAGUGCCGGCCAUGUUGGCGCAUGGGGAGCCUCCAAGCAGUUCAAGUAGAUCGAGCUCGCCUACCAAGCGCCCGGCGACAGUCCGCCCUUCCGGCAGCGGGGGUAGCGCCAGAGGUUUGCCAAGCCUACAAGAGAUCAGAGAGAGAAUGAGCAAAAAGGGUCUGCAGACAGCCGGCGGUGCAGCUAGAGGAGAGACCCCAUCCGGCUCACCCACCGAGGAAGUGAGCGAAGAGACCGCGCUGGGGGUUGAUGGUCCAGCUGCAGGCGCAGUGAAGCCUGCGAAGUCGGCUGCGGUUGGAAGUGACAGCGUUUCAAAGUCAGCAGAAGCGAAAGCGAGCAGUGUCGCGGAAGACACGAAAGAUCUGACCAACGCAAAGGCGGAACCAUCUUCGGCAAAGCCAGAGACACAAGCGGCGGAAGCGGCCUCGAGCAUAGCAGCUCCAAAGGAUCAUCCUCUGCAGCACAAAUGGACCCUGUACUUCGACUCCAAGACCUUCAACCCAUCUUCGCAAGCCAGCACACCUGCUACAGGUCACACUGCGGACGGUCCUGGCACGCCAGGUGCAGCGCUACCCGGAGCCUCGCAGAAUCCGAUCUCGCCGCUACCGCCCACGCCAAAUACGGCCAACAUCCAGAGUUGGGAAGACACCCUGAAGAUGCUUGGUGUUUACAAGACUGUGGAGGGCUUCAUGAACGUGUUCGCAACCCUCAGGCGACCUUCGCAGCUCGAGCGCAACUGCAACUAUCAUCUCUUCAAGAGCGGCAUCAAACCGAUGUGGGAAGACCCAGCGAAUGCCUCAGGUGGCAAGUGGGUGCUGACGCUUCGUGGGACUAGCGGCGCGUUGCUUGAUCGUAGCUGGAUGUGGCUCGUCUUGGCGCUCAUAGGAGAAGAGCUAGAUGACGCCAAUCACAUCACGGGUGCUGUGGUUUCCACCCGGAGCAAAGGCGAUCGCAUUACCCUCUGGAUUCGUAACAAAGAUGAUGUCGAUCUCGUUAACAGGCUGGGCAAGAAGCUGGUGCACUUGCUUGAUAUCGAGCACGAGCCAGGCGUGUCUCUGGAAUUCACGUUGAACUCGGGCCCUGGACCUGCCAAUGCAGCUGCUCAAGCUAAUCGCUACGUCCACUUCUCGAACGCACCACCUCCGCCAAUGCCCGCAUUCUCACCAGCGGGAAAUUCUGCUGGGCCCGGAGGCUAUAAUAGAGGCCCUCCGCCGCCUGGUCAUGGGCCUCCUGGUCCUGGCCCACAGCAAGCGCCGCCGAGCAAUUAUGCACCUCCGCGAAAUGUGCCUUUUGGCGCUCCGCCCGGGCCUGGCGGGCCCGGCUCUGCACAGUAUCUUCCCGGUGGUCCCCCUGCAGGCUCACCACCUUCAGGACCGCCAGGCUCAGCUCUAGGUGGCAAUGCGGGAUUUGUGUUGCCCAGAAGAGGAUCAGAAACUGGCCACAUCGGACACGGCCCCGGUAAUGUCGCGUCGGCGGCAAACGGCGGCGGAAGCCCAAAGAAAGCGUUCUCCUCGCUGCAGCGGCACGGCCCUCCACACUCGAUGCAAGGGGGAGGUCCGCCUGGUGGAGCGGCAAACAUUUCUGGUGGGGGUGCUGGACUAGGACUGGGAUUGGGCGGACCGAUCGGCCGGACCCCGAGUCCUUCUCCAGCUGCCGGAGGUGCUCUCGGCACCAGUCCAAGCAAUCGUACGGGCGUCUUGCAUGGCAGACAACCACCUGCGAUGGGGCAGCUAGGCAGCGGUGCAGGCAUUGGUCGCCAUACUGGUCCGGCGCGCGGUGCUUGAGGCUUCUAGCUAGUAUACCUUUGGACAUUCCACUCGAUUUUUUCCUUCCAGCCCUAUCAAGUGAGCUUAGCAGAGGCGGCCUGCCUCGCGCGUGCCCACACAAAUCCUCCCAACGUGUAUUCUGAUAGCUCGAUUGUCUCGACAAACAUUCCUCAAAUGACUACUG